AUGCACCUGAAGAGCGUGGACUUGCAUCCUACGCAGGAAUACUUUCUUCCCUUAGCGAAUUACCAGUGCAAUUUGCGCAGCGCUUCAGGGAGUCUUCUCCGAAGAGGCCUCUCUACUCAGUUCCCCCCGGGACGAAGUGCACGAGGCUCUGAUCAAAAGACCUCUGAUCUAUCUCCAGGAAGUAUGCAAUUUCCUUGGCUGACGAGCAGUCUAUUGGCCCUCCUCACCGGCGUCAACUCUCUGGACAUCAACUUCACUACAUCAGAUGACUUGCCGAGCCUAAAUGCAUUAUCUCUAUCAAAGUUUUCGCCGUCUACCUCAGCAUCGUCACCCUCCACACAAUCGGACGAAGUCUCUAAUCUUUCGUACCCUCCAUGGCCCCCAGAUCGCAAAGCGUUUCCAAUCACGUCCUUCCCAUAUUACUAUAAUGUUCUGUUGAACAAGGCACCAUGUAUCCCACAACCCGGCUAUCCAGGAAUAGUAAUGUCAAACCUGCAAGACUUCAUCCUGGAGUUCGUCGAGAGCAUCGAGAAAAAGUAUCCACCAAAUGCGAUAACUACAAACAAUACGACGAAUCCUGCCGAUACCCCACAAACCUCCAAAAGAACAGUAUCCAAUGCGACAACAGGUACCGGCGAAGAAAAUGACGGCUCAGGCACCAUCCACCCUAGAAGUGUGGCCGCCGACCUCGUUGAUCCAGAGUCCGGCGCUAAAUUCACGAUUUAUCUCUGGCGCAAUUUUUUCCAGCCGGAAAUAGAAACGGCGCUGGCAGUUGCAAGUCUCCGGGAUUUUCGAAAUCAGGUUGGUAAGUAUGGGCCAGCUGAUAUCCAAUACAUCAUCACCAAGUACAAAGAUGGAGGACGGGUUUUCCCUCCUAAUUGCUGGGCAGUAGUGGAAUUGAAUAUUAUCUUGUUGUAA